ACUGGCAAUUUUAGGAUGAAUUUCUUUGUUGUUAUUUUAGGCUUUGUAUGCGCCUUAGCUUACGGCGCGCCAUAUAUAGAAUAUGAAGAUUAUCCUCAAGCGGCUUACGUACUAGAAUCCUUACUAUCCGACGAUACCAGGGUGGUAAAUGGUGAACCUGCUGUCAGAGAUCAAUUCCCCUACCAGCUUUCCCUACGGUGGGCUAAUGUUUCGGGAUCACCCUCACACCUCUGCGGUGGUACUCUCGUUACUCCGUCGAUGGUUCUCACGGCUGCCCAUUGUAUGUUAUUCGACUAUGGUACGUAUGAUGUCGUUGCUGGACUCCUGGAUCGGACAGAAAACACGUCAUCCACUCAAAGGCGAGAUAUUGAAACGCGCAUCCUUCACGAAAACUGGCCUGGCGGUAAUCGUGUAGCCCGAUAUGACAUUGCCUUGUUAAAAGUAUCCUCGCCCUUCAUUUUAACCCAUUCCGUCCAACUUAUUCAUCUUCCUUGUCAAAAUGACAUUCCUUCUGGGACUGUUGUCGUUUCUGGAUGGGGAUAUACGUCAAGUUUAGAUAACGAUCUCCCAAACAUCCUGCAGUACGUCGAAGUAGACCUUAUAUCAAACGAACAGUGCGCUGACGAUUUGAACGCAGUAUUAGGAACUACUCUUGCUUUGGACGAUACCAUGAUUUGUACCAAUGGUCAUCAAAACAUAUCGAGCUGCGGUGGUGACUCUGGCAGUCCAUUGGUCCAAGACGGUAUCCAAGUGGGUAUUGUAUCGUGGGGUGUCGUACCAUGUGGCGUCAACAUUGGCCCUUCGGUCUACACAAGAGUUUCAAACUAUACCGACUGGAUUGUGUCUAAAAUGAAGUUACUCGUUGUUCUUUUAGGCCUUGUGUGCACCUUAGCCCAUGGGGCACCAAGCGUACACAAGAUAGAUUCACCCCAUCCGGCUUACGCAAAAGAUAUAGAAAUUUUACCAUCCGACGAUAGCAGAAUAAUUCGUGGUCAAAAUGCCGUCAGAGACCAAUUCCCCUACCAGGUUUCCCUACGAUGGGGUUACAUCACAGCGUCUUCGCACAUGUGCGGUGGUAGUAUCAUCAGUGCAUCGGUGGUACUCACGGCUGCCCAUUGUAUCGAUGACUACGGUACCUACGCCAUCGUUGCCGGACUCUUGAACCGACUGGAAAGUACCUCAACUACUCAAAGCCGAGGUGUUAGCCGAAUUAUCGUCCACGAAAACUGGCCCGGUGGUAGUUCCGUCUACCCAUGGGACAUUGCCCUAAUAAGAGUAUCGUCACCGUUCGUAUUCAGUUCGUCCGUCCAACCUGUUGAACUUCCUAGCCAAGGUUCCACUACAUCUGGAGACGUUGUCGUUUCUGGAUGGGGAAGGACUUCAAGUUCGAGUUCCGCUCUCCCAAGCGUCCUGCAAUAUGCCAACCUAGAAAUUCUGGCAAACACUCUGUGCGCCAAUGAUUUAGUCAGCGUAUUAGGAUCUUCCAGUCCUUUGGACAAUACAAUGGUUUGCACCAGUGGAAGACAAAGGUUGGCAGUUUGCAGUGGUGACUCUGGUGGUCCAUUGGUCAAAGACGGUAUCCAAGUGGGUAUUGUAUCGUGGGGUAUCACACCAUGCGGUAACACUAUUGCUCCGUCCGUCUUCACAAGGGUUUCAAGCUAUACCAACUGGAUCGAGGCUAAUUUGUAAAAUGGAUUUCUGCUGCUCCCUUGAAACGCAUUUCUUUUUGAGCAUGUUAAUAAUUCUGUAUAAAACGAAUAACUAAAUAUAACAACGUUAACUACUCAACUA